AAUAAAUCUUUCUUCAGUGUUCUAUUGUGUUCCAAAUGAAUCGUGUCAAUAUUUGGUGGCUCCUUUUCCUAGCUUUAACCUCCCCAGGAAUCAGAAAUUGGACAGAAGCACUGAGAUGCUAUGCCUGCACAUAUGUGGCCUCGCAGCAGAGCGACACUACAUGUAUCGAUAAUCCUGAAGAAAUUACGGGACAAAACAUCGUUAAUUGUGAUAAAAAGUAUUGCACCAUCCUAAGACAGGAGCUACUGGAUCCAGCAGGAAAAGUUGAAUCUUUUCAGAGAAGCUGCGAGGAUUCUCCUCUGUUUCUUAACGAUGUCAUCGAGGAUUCCACAUACAAGACAUAUUUUCGCUCCUGCACGAGUGAUCUCUGCAACAAUGGGGAUGGAAUUAGUUCUGGAGGCUCAGGUCUCCGUCCAGAUGUUCCAGGAGAAAAUAUUCUUGUUCCAGGACUUCCUAACAAAGGCACUUUAAUAAGUUCUAAGUCAGGAAUUUUCAUAUCAACUUUUCUAUUUGUAGCCUCAGUGUCUUUUAGAAGAAUCUUAUUAAAGUAAUUAAAAUCCUACAAUUUUCAAUUCUU